GGCAAAUGAUUCUCCUCACGCCGGCAGAGUUUAACAGCUUCUUCAUCAUUUAUCAUCAUUACUGUCGCUUUCCUCUCUUUUUUCUUCGUGUUUUCUACUUUGUUUAACACAUUUGUGAAGAUUUUUUUUUUGCUCUGUAAAGUCUUCCAGAAGUUUCGACCAUCUCUUACCAGCUCCUCGCUCCACCUCGCGCGUAGUCUCCUCUUCAAAAAAUAAUAAAAAAGGAAUUUACCCCUUUAACCCUUUCUUUUCCGUUUCUCUCUCUCACUUCACCCGUCUACAAAAAAAAACCAAAAGAAAAAUGUCAGGUGAUCUUCAGAUUUACUCGUGGGACGAGAUCGCGAAGCACAGCACCGAGGAUGACUGCUGGGUCGUCAUGUACGACAAGGUGCUGGAUGUGACGAAGUUCCUGAACGAGCACCCGGGUGGCCUGGACCCGCUGAAGGACAUGGCGGCGCAGGACAUCACGAGCAGCUUCGAGAGCAUCGGCCACACCAGCACGGCACUGGUGAAGAGUAAGACGUUCAUCAUCGGCCGCACCGACCCCGAGGAUACGAAGCGGCGCAAGGCAGCGGCGGCGCAGAGGGCGUCUGCGCCGGCCCCGCGCUGGUCGGACACGAAGCCGGAGGAUCUGCGCAAGUACGCCGACGGCGGCGGCAUCAUCCCGCUGUGGGUGCUCGUUGCCGUUGCGGCGAUCAUUCUUGCCAUCAUUGUGUACCUCUUGAUGUGA